GAAGUAUGGGCUGGGAGCCUGCAGCGCUUCCACACCCAGAUCAAGCAGUGCAAAGCAGCUGCUGCAUGUCUGCGAUUUAGAAGGACGCUGCAAGACCUGCAGGAGCCCCGCGAGUGGACUCUUCGUAGGAGUGGUGCUCCAAACCCUGAAUCAUCUUGGUGGCCCUCUUCUGUACUUUUUCCAGUGCUGCAAUAUCCUUUUUGAAAUAUGGCAACCAAAACUGCACACACUAUUCCAGAUCUUGAUCUGUGGAUCGUACAAAAAGGAUUCAAUAGAAAACUGAGACAACAGUCGGUCAGGAAAGAAAAUAUACUCAAGAAGGAGCAUUCCACCCAUCCAGAUGACAAAUACGUAGACUUUGGCAAAGAAGCAAGGAUGACGAUGGGAAUACAGGCAAUUUUGAUUGCUGCACUGAUAUGUCUCUUGAUUCUAUGCUUUCUAAAAUCAUUCUUGUCACUCAAACCCUACCCUCCUGGACCGCUUCGGCUUCCUGUCAUUGGAAGUGUUUGGAAAUUACUGUUCCAGCGUUCUCAAGAUGUUUUUAUUAAGCUGGCAGAGAAGUAUGGAAAUAUUUACAUUCUGUGGCUGGGACAUAUACCAAUAGUUGUAAUGUCUGGAUAUGAAGCAGUGAUAGAGGUGCUGGUGAACCAAUCAGAAGACUUUAUAGAACGACCUGUAACCCCUUUCCUUACACAUAUGACAAAUGAAAAGGGAAUUAUACUUUCAAAUGGCUACACCUGGAAGCAGCAGAGGAGGUUUGGGCUAAUCACUAUGCGGAAGCUGGGACUGGGGAACAAAGUUGUGGAACAUCAAAUACAAGAGGAGGCUGAUCAGCUUGUUGAGAAAUUUGCAUACACAAAAGGGCAGCCGUUUGACCCUUCCUUGCACAUCAAAAAUUCAGUCUCCAAUGUAAUCUGUGCUUUGGCUUUUGGACACCAGUUUUCUGUUGAAGAUAAAGAAUUCCUCAAGUUGAUUGAUGCUCUUGACUGCUGGUUAAAAUUUCCAGGCUCCUUCUUUAAUGCUCUGUUUGAAAUAUUCCCAAGGCUCAUGAAACAUCUCCCAGGGCCUCACAAGAAGGUAUUUGAAUAUGCAGAUACUGUACGAUCAUUUGCAAAGAAGGAAAUAGAAAAACAUAAGGAGUAUCAGGCCGUGCACGACCCACAAGAUUUCAUUGAUUUCUAUCUGCUUCAGAUAGAGAAAAGCAAGAAUGACCCUGAAACUACAUACAAUGAAGAGAACCUGGUUCAGUGCAUUUUUGACCUCUUCAUUGCAGGAACAGAAACUACCACCACUGCUUUGCAAUGGGCAUUGCUCCUCAUGGUAAAUCAUCCAGAUGUUCAAAAGAAAGUACAGAAGGAGAUAGAAGAUGUUUUGGGUUCUUCUCCAUCAUUUAGCUAUGAGGAUCAAAAGUGGUUGCCUUAUACCAAUGCUGUGAUUCAUGAGAUCCUGCGUUCCCACUACGUCUUGUUAACUGGGGUCCACAGACAAUGUGUGAAGAAUGUGAAUGUUUAUGGUUUUUUCCUUCCGAAGGGGGCCAAUAUUAUUCCUGAUCUCCGCUCUGUUCUUCUUGAUCCCAAGAAAUGGGAGACACCCCGGGAGUUCAACCCAAAUCGUUUUUUGGACAAGGAUGGAAGAUUUGUGGAAAGAGAAGCAUUUCUUCCAUUUGGUGCAGGGGCCCGUGUGUGUCUGGGGAAACAGCUGGCAAAGAUCGAGCUCUUCAUCUUCUUUACCACCCUGCUGAGGAACUUCAACUUCCAGCUGCCAGAAGGAGUGAAGGAACUCAGCAAAGAGCCUGUAGUAGGGACGUCAGUGCACCCUCAUCCUUAUAAGCUCCGAGCUGUUCCCUGCUGCAGUGCCUCAUGAACUAUACAAAUUAGAUGGCAUAAGAAGAUGUUCUUGGUAGUAAGCCCAUUAAACAGACUUGAGUAAGAUUCUUAGUAGACCUCCUGAUUAACAUGGUCCUUAAGAAUUGUUUAUUACUAGAAAAAAUCAAAGAUUACUUGCCCUAGAAGUACAUGAUUUGCAACUAGGUUGGCAUGCUUUUCUAUGGUAUGGGAAAGCCAAAGGGCAUAAAUAUGUCAAGAAUCAUUUGAUUAGGAAAUCCAUUAUGACUAUAUGGGGAAAAACUGUACUGGAAAUUUACAAGAAGGUUCCACAAUGGGUUUCACCUUUAGAAGAAUUCUCACAACCAAGGACAUUUUCCGUAGAUGAGAGUAUUAGAUACAGAGAUCUUUUAGAUGAGAAAGGAGUAGGGAUGUGCGUUUCGGCAUUCAGAAUGCCGAAAGAAUGCCGAAACAAAAGUGUUUCGGCUUCUUUCGGGGAAUGCCGAAACGUUUCGGGGAAUGCGGAAACGUUUCGGGUAGCCGAAAGAAAAAAGCCGAAACGUUUCGGGAUUCUUUCGGCUUUCUUUCGGCUUUUCAAUGGGAAAAUGCCUCCGUCUUCCCGGACGUCUGGGGGAAACAUUUUCCCACCAAAUAAGCCCAAAAUUGGUGGGGACCUUCCGCUAACCCUUCUCUUACAACCACCCAAGUUUCAGACAGAUUGAACUUUGGGGGGCCAUGUUAUGGCCCCCCAAAGCAGGUCCCCCCAUCCUCCCAUAA